AUGACUCGAAUCCUGCAGCUGUGGCUGCUGAGUUUGGCCUCGACAUUUGCACCGGCAUGGGCCAGAAGCUUCCGUCCCGGUACCAUCAAUGGCUGGAUCCUUUGGGCCCAGAACACCGAAGUCUAUGAUCCCCCCUGGUGUGCCGAGAGGACCGCGUGCAUGAUCUCGGAUAUCGUCGAUGCGGCGCGACAGGUGGUUGCCAUGACCGGCGAUUGCAUGGGCGAGCUGGAGGAGCCUGCGAACUGCGCCAACGAUAUCUUCGCUUUCCUCUACGACAUCGCGGAUGCCUGUGGAUGUGCGGCUGGACUGGCGAUGGGCUGCGCUGGCAAAGCGACAUCGUGCGAGCAAGGAGCAUUCUUCGCAUCUGAAGACACCAUGUCCGUCGCGCAAGAUCUGAUCGGAGCUGCAGGCAACUGCGACGUUGACGUUUUCCUUUGCCUCAUCAACGUCGUCGAUGCUCUCAAUGAUAUGCUCACCAUGGCCCUGGACACGAAGUCGGCCGUCGACACUUGCCCCCAGGAGCGCGAAGGUUUCCUCAAGAAGUGGCUGAAGCAAGAACACCCGGAAUGGUUCCAGUAUCGCAUCCUGGAGCCGCCACAAGGUAAAGACAAUGCAUCGUCGGAGGGAGACGAGGCGGAAGCGCAGGAAGUGCAUCUGGGGAGGAGCUACAGAGCGGAACUCAACUCCGACCACCUGGCGACUUUCCAAGAUGCCACCACAAGGCUUGGCGUGAUAGACAUCACGCACAAUGGCCCCAUUCUUGCUAUGGACAAUGCGGGUGUCCUGCGGGUGGGCAGUGCCUAUGUUCUGCCAAAUGGAAAUAGCGUGAUCAAUCCAAACGCAAUGCGUGGUGCCCGUCGUUCCGAGGGAAGGCGCCUGUCGGCGCAGGACCAGCAGCCGAGCCAGCUCAUGACACUGCACGACACCGAGGUGGAAGUGUUCUAUUUGGGUGACCUGGGUCAGCCCGAGGAAGAAUUGGAGGGCAUUCAGGCAUUCGAGUAG